UUUUUCUUUCACUAACACCAAUAUCCCACCAUGACCCUUGCCAUUGCUAGCUGCUUUGUUCCACACUGCCAUUUUUGAAUAACCUUCGAACGUGGGAGUUUUACAACCUUCGUGUUCAUGAGUAUUUAUCAUCCCUAGUAGUUUUUGUUUCAUCAUCAGAGAAUCUUCUAUUUUUCAGCAGUGGAAGAUGAGUUUCUUAGCAGGCAGGUUGGCAGGCACAGAGGGCGCAUUCUUUGCCAACCAGUCUAAAAUAGCAGCUGCUCGCUUGAGAGAGAAGUUAGGCGAUGUUAAUGCGUCUCCCUGUCCCGUUCCAUCUUCCAAUGAUAGCUCCAAGGCUGAUGUUCUUCCAGAGAUCCUCCGCCACUCCAUUCCCUUGUCUUCUGGGAAUGACACCGCUUCGACCAUGUCGCGACACUCUUCUCUGGCCUCUGUCUCCGCUAUCGUGAGAGGCAAUACUAGUAGUGGUGAGCAAUUGCAGUUGGGAAGGCAUCAAUCCCCUGAUGUUCUAAAUGCCAUGAAUCCUCUCAAUGCAUGGAUUUCGGUUCCCAGAGCAACUUUUGGUCCUAAAAGGUGGACAUUGCCUGCAGAAGAAUUGUCUUUACAAGCUUCAACUGCCAAUGAAAUAAGAAAAGAUCACAGUACUAGCAUUGAUACUGAGAAAAUGAAAGCCGCUAUGGAGGGAUUCUCAACGAGAGAAUGGCUCAGCCUCAAUUGGUGGCAUGUGCUGGCUGGAAAGCAUUUACUGACUGAGAUGGGGGUUACCUUGAGGACUGUACAGUGUAGUGAUAUCCAAAGGGAAGGGAAAGCUAUGAUUCAACCCAAAGUUCAGGCAGUUAGAGAACGAUUCAGACCACUCAAGAUUUGGGUCGAAAAAAUUUCCAUGAGGUGGCAUUUAAAUCAAAAGAAGAUUGAAGCAACCCGUGCAGAAUUCUCGCAUAGCUUGGGCAUGAGUGGAACUAACAGAGAUGUUGAUAAGAAUGUUUAACUAACUGGAAAUGUUUAAUUCUUUGUCAUGUGUUCAAUAUGGAUAUUGUUUUCCUUCACAGAGAGAUUUACAUUGAUCCAGUUAUUAAUUACUUUGUUAAAGAACUAUUUACCUAUUAUAUUGGAUAUGUAAUCAAGAGAUUAAAAAUGUUGUAUUAUGCACAAUUCUCCACUUCAUAAUGAUUGUAGUUUGACAGGCCGUUGUUGGUUCUGUAGAGCUCAAAAAGGUCCUAAUUUAAAAAGUAAAAUGGCCAAAGCGGUUUUAUCUACCUGCUUUGGAGAACCAAGUUCUCUUUUUUAUGUUUUAUAAAUUUUGAACACUAAUACCUUUAUGUUUUGACACCAAGAAA